CGGGCCUGGGGCCGCUCCCGGAGCCCAUCGCGGGGGGACCCCCGCGCCCCCCCGCUGCCCCCCAGCCCUUCGCCCCCCCCCGCUGCGCCCCCCCACGCGUCCCCUCCCGCUGCGCCCCCAGCCCUGCACCCCCGCCCCGGGGCUCGGGGGGGAUGGAUGCGAUUUAGGUACUGGGGGGGCCCUGUGCCCCCGAUCCCGCCCUGCCCCCCCAGCCCAGCCGGGGUUGUUUACAGUAGGAGCUUAAAGUGCAGCCCCGCCAGCUUCUCUCCCCCGACACAUCCAGCCCCCCAAUAACCCGCCCAGAGCCCCCCGCUUCCCUGCCCCACGGACCCCAAUUCCCUGCCCUCUAAAUCCCGGCCCCGCAGCCCCCAAUUCCCUGCCCCCCAAAUCCCGGCCCCACAGCCCCCAAUUCCCUGCCCCCCAAUUCCCUUCCCCACAGCCCCCCAAUUCCCAGCACCCCCAGUUCCCACCCCAGCCUCUCCUCAUCCUGCCCACUCCUCCAGACACCUCGGUACUCCCAGCAUCCCCCCCCACUCGCCCCAUUAGGGUCUGCUUCUCAUCCCAUCCCCCCACCCCCCUAAUCCUCCCCUCCAGCCUCCCGGCUCCAGCCCCCCACCCCUGCAGCACCUGCCCAUCCCCCCGAACCCCACAGCUGCUCCCCAAUGGCCUUCCAGGGCCCCAACCCCGCCCUCCAGACCCAGCUAUGUAGCAAUGUUCUGGGGGCACUGACAGGGCUGAUCCAGCCCCCCCUGGCAGCUGGGCUGGGGGCGCCCCAGAAAUUUUACUGCCCCGCUGGGGUGCAGGGGGGGUCGCCCCAACAGCAGCAUCAGCCGGCGCUGGCCCAGACCCCGCCGGCACCGGCCCGAAUGACGGUGGAACCCGAACCGGAUCGGCCCAUCGGCUACGGCGCCUUCGGAGUCGUGUGGUCGGUCACGGACCCCCGGGACGGGAAGCGGGUCGCGCUGAAGAAGAUGCCGAAUGUUUUCCAGAAUCUCGUCUCCUGCAAACGGGUGUUUCGGGAACUCAAGAUGCUCUGUUCCUUCAAACAUGAGAACGUGCUGUCAGCGCUGGAUAUCCUGCAGCCCCCCCAGAUCGACUGCUUCGAGGAGAUCUACGUGCUCACGGAGCUGAUGCAGAGCGACCUGCACAAGGUGAUCGUGUCCCCCCAGCCGCUGAGCGCCGAGCACAUCAAGGUCUUCCUCUACCAGAUCCUGCGCGGUCUGAAAUAUUUGCACUCGGCCGGCGUUCUCCAUCGGGACAUCAAGCCAGGAAACCUGCUGGUGAACAGCAACUGCGUCCUCAAGAUCUGCGACUUCGGGCUGGCGCGGCUGGAGGAGCCGGACGAGGGGCAGCCCAUGACGCAGGAGGUGGUGACCCAGUACUACCGGGCCCCCGAGAUCCUCAUGGGCACCCCCCACUACGGAGCCCCCGUCGACCUCUGGGCCGUCGGCUGCAUCUUCGCCGAGCUGCUGAGCCGGCGGGUUCUCUUCCAGGCCCCCAGCCCCAUCCAGCAGCUGGACCUGAUCACCGACCUACUCGGCACCCCCCCUCCCCACGCCCUGCGCUCGGCCUGCGAGGGGGCCCGGGCCCACGUGCUGCGGGGCGCCCACAAACCGCCCGCGCUGUCCGUGCUGCACCUGCUGUCGGGGGAGGCGACCCACGAGGCCGUUCACCUGCUCUGCCGUCUGCUGGUCUUCGACCCCGCCCGGCGGAUCUCGGCGCGGGAGGCGCUGGCCCACCCGUACCUGCAGGAGGGUCGACUCCGCUUCCACACGACCAUCUGCCGCUGCUGCCCCCGCCUGGCCUCGGGGCGCGUCUACGCCCCCGAUUUGGAGCCCCCCGCGGCCCCCCGCUUCGACGACGCCGACGAGCGGGCCCUGCGCUCCGUCUGGCAGGCCAAAGAGCUGGUUCACAGCUUCAUCCUGGAUCAGCAGAAGGGGACGCGGGUCCCGCUGUGCAUCAACCCCAACUCGGCCGCCUUCAAAACCUUCAUCCGGUCGACGGCCUGGCAUUCGUCGAAAGUUUCGAAGAAGGACGAGAGAUGAAGGCGGCUGGCGGCAGAUUUGGGGUUCGGGGGUGGCCAGAAGGAAGGAGAAAGGGGGGGACGGAGCCAGCCGGCCUCGGCGGGACACACCCCGAAUUGCCUGCUGAACUGGGGGGAAAAGACCAAGGGUCCUGGAGCUGAAACGA